CGCAGCUGCGAGCAGCAGGCGUGCUAGCUUAGCAAGAUGGCGGUGGCGGUGCGGACUCUGCAGGACCAGCUGGAGAAGGCGAAGGAGAGCCUGAAGAGCGUGGACGAAAAUAUACGGAAACUGACCGGCAGAGACCCGAAUGAGUUACGACCCGGUCAGACCAGGCGUUUGUCCCUCACAGGCCCAGGUGGAGGUAGAGGGCGAGGCAUCAAUCUGCUGAGGCGUGGACUCUCCGAUGGCGGUGGAGGACCCCCAGCCAAACAGAGGGAUAUCGAAGGGGCACUCUUGAGGCUGGCGGGGGAUCAGCGAGCCAGGAGAGAUUCACGGCAUGACAGCGACGCUGAGGAUGAUGACGAUGUCAAAAAACCAGCGUUGCAGUCAUCAGUAGUAGCUACCUCCAAAGAGCGAACGCGCCGAGAUCUUAUUCAAGAUCAGACGAUGGAUGAGAAGGGCAAACAAAGAAAUCGGCGCAUGUUUGGCCUGUUGAUGGGAACGCUGCAGAAGUUUAAGCAGGAGUCUACUGUGUCCACAGAGAGGCUGAAAAGACGGCAAGAAAUUGAGCAGAAACUGGAAGUCCAGGCAGAACAAGAGCGCAAGAAGGUGGAGAGUGAGAGACGCGAGCUGUUCGAGGAGAGACGUGCCAAGCAGACAGAGCUGAGGCUUCUGGAGCAUAAAGUGGAGCUGGCACAGCUGCAAGAAGAGUGGAACGCACACAAUGCCAAGAUUAUAAAGUUCAUUCGAACCAAGACCAAGCCACCCAUCUUCUAUCUGCCUGGUCGCAUGUGCUCAGCCACCCAGAAGCUCCUGGAGGAGUCUCAGAAAAAAAUGAACACUCUAUUUGAGGAGAGACGUGAAGCUUUUGCCGAGCAUUUGAACAAGAUGGAGGCUCGGCCGAGGCGUCAGCCCCAGCGGGCUGCAGAGAGGGGGACGGAGGACGGCGGGCGGGCUGAAGAGCCGAAGAAGGAAGAUGGAGAGGAGGAGGGUAAGCAGAGAGUAAGGCUGACAGGUAACCGACACGAUGUAGAGAUGGAGGAGGAGGAGGAUGAGGAAGAGGCAGGAGAGGAGGAAGGAGAGGAGAGGGAGGAGCGAGAGGAGGUUAGGGAGAUGGAGAUUGAGGGGGAGCAGCAGCAGCAGCAGAAGGAGGAGGAAGAAGAGGAAGUGAAGGAGAAAGAGGAGGAGGAGGGCAAGGCAGAAGGAGAUGAGGAGGAACAGGAAGAAAUGGCAGUAGUGGAGGAGAAAGAGCCUAAAGAGGUAGAGGAGAAGAUGGAGGUUACAGCAGAGGUGAAGGAGUCUGAGGGCCAGGCAGUGCAGAGCCAGCAGCAGGAGAAAAGUCCAGAAGUAGCUGUAGCUGAGGUAGGUACUGACAAUAGGGAGGAAGAGGAAGAUGCAGGAAAGGGAGCUCGUCAGGAAAGUGUUGCCGAGUCCCAGGAAACCUCCGAAAACGUCAUGGAAGUCCAGGCAGGGUCUGAAGAACCUCCAGUGGGAGCCUCUGAACCGUCUGCACCUUCUGCAAUGGAGCCAUGCACCACAGAGGCAGAUGGUGCUCUGGAGCUCCAAAAGAGGCCAGAAGAAGACGCUCCUUCUCAAGAGGAGAUCCCCGAGCCACCUGCCCAGCCUCAGGAACCCAAGGCAGGCCCUAAGGAGGCCGAGGAAGCUGAGGAAGAAGGCGAAGAUUCCCGCGGCCGCAGCAAAGCCAGGCCCAAACAGAGUCGAAGCCGGAGCAGCUCCAGUUCCUCUAGCAGCUCCUCGUCCUCCUCCAGCUCCAGCGGGUCCAGCUCGUCCUCCAGCGGCUCCAGCAGCCGCAGCAGCUCCUCGGCCUCGUCUUCCUCGUCCUCCAGCUCGCGCAGCCGCAGCCGCGACAGGGACGGGGGGCACGCGAGGCGCCGCAGGAAUUCAGACCGCGAGCGCAAGAAGAGCGGCAGCGAGAGGGGGCACAAGUCGUCCAAAAGCAGCGGCGGGCGAGAGGGCAAAGGGUCCAAGGACAAGAGCUCCAAAUCGGACAGGAAAAGGAGGAGCUCGGAGGGAAGCAGGUCAGGAAAGAGGUCGUCUCGCAGUGACCGGGACCGCAAGUCUGAUAGAAAGGAAAAGAGGCGCUAGCUUGAAAGAAAGCAUGUCUGUUUUUCUUUUCUCCAGGCCAGUUCGGUUAUAUCAGCAGAGCUGUAUGUACGGUGGGGAGGGCAGUACGUUUUUGGGGGUAAAAUUGCCUUAAACUGGCUUUUCCUGAUUCCCAACAAUCCUAAGUGUUUUUAAAAUUAAGUACAGUCUGUUUCUUUUUUUUUUUAUCAAAAACUCCUGUCUAUUAUUUCUUUUUUCUCUGGUCUCCUCUGCUUUCACUCAUAAUUUUAAAUUUUCUACCGCCUGGUUUUAAGUAAUGCUCCACGCUAAAUAUCUUUUCAACCCCCCCGUUAUCUGUCUAACCUUCUCCCGGACUGAUGGACGAGCUGAGACGUGUCUCUAAUACUGAACGUACAUAUUUUGGCUUCGGUAUGGCCUGUUUGUCGCUGUUGUAGAGUAGUAAGUCUUUCUUUCCCCGUUUCCUUUUCUUGCGUAGUCGUGCAGUGCAGAUGUACUUUUAGCUUUCUGCAAAUGCUGGACGUCCACUUUGGCAGGUAAAGUGGAACGGUCCUGUUUUUGGAGAGAGCCGCAGACUUUUUGUAUAAAUGAAGCUUAAACAUCACUUGUUGGGGAGAAUUCAAUAAAAAAGUGAACGAAAU